AUGAAAUAUAUUGGGCCUAUUAAAGAACUACUAGUGCCUCAAGGUUCAUUUGGAAGGGAUCCAAGAGCAAAAGUUACAGAAUAUGUUGCUUUUAUUAUCAUAUCAAUAUUCAUCCUACUAGGACUUUAUUGGGCUACUUUGUUUUUUUUUAUUUUUGUACAAACAGGGCAGUUAAAUAAUUUGUCCACUACAAUUGCGACUUAUUCAUGCUUAGAAGCUCCCUCUAUAGCUAUCUGCCCAUUAUCCUAUUCGUCUAUUCAUGAAAAUGUUGUAUCAGCUUACAUAAAAGGCAAGAUCAAAGUGAAUCUGAAAUUGAAGAGUAGAGGGAAUACUUAUAUAAUUGAGAGACCAAAGGUAAGAUUUUGCUUUUGGCAAAAUAAUGCACAACAUGAGAUAGAUCAAGAAACCAUCCCUUGUUUGUGUAUUGAUAUGUGGAAACAAACGUUCUUCGGGGACAAUGGAGAGGUUUUAAAAUCUCCAUUACUAUUUCAAAGGACUUCUUCAGAGAAUCCCCCAGAUAGUAUUUAUGUUUUACUUCAUUAUGCUAAUGAUGAUAUUGAGUACCAAUCGUCACUACUUAAAACAUUUAGUACUCUUCAAAUGAGACGGAAAUCUAGAAAGCAAGAAACCAUAAUUAAACCUACUCAGAAUGAAAGAGAUUAUCUGGGAAGAUAUUCAACAGAUUCUAUUUUGAAGAUUGGGGUGUAUGACUCUUCUAUGUUACAGUCUCGAUACAAGAAUCCAAAUAACUUUGAACCUUCAUGGUUUUAUUCAAAUCUUGGAAGAGGUAUAAAUGUCUCUUUAAGGCUUACCAAAAGCUUGGUUUUGGAUGUUGAGAAGUUUUAUUUUCAUCUAAUUAAAGGUUAUGUAUCUCAUCAAGAAAAUGAGUAUGAAGUUGUUGUUUCUCAAGGAGCUAUGUACAGUAGAGAACCAACCAGCUCAAUAAAUGCAUUUGACCAUGGAAGUAACUCUUAUAGCCAGUUUGAUAUGAAAAUAAAGCUUAGUUUCCGCGAUUUUUCAGUAUUGGAGGUAUUUCGUCUAAGUAGUGCAACAGCUAUUGCAUCUUUUAUAACAGUAUUAAUUGUAUGCUUAUCCGCCUUCAACAAACACUUUAUAUAUGAACUUUUGUUCCCUUAUUAUGAUGAUGAAAAGGUAGAAAUGACCGUAACAACAUUUGCAACUAUUAUUUCAUUUGGUUAUGUUCGUAAACAAGAUUAA